AUGCUCAGAGCUGCAACUCGAUCUGUCAGAGCCUCUGGCUCGUCUUUGCGACUGUCGCCAUGCUCCCGCACAUACGCAUCUGCAUCCCCUUCAUCUUCCGCCGCCUCGUCGUCCUCGAAUUCAGCCUCAGAAACGACGUCUCUCCCAUCAGCAGCGCCACCUGGCACCAUCCUCAAGGGUGUUUCGAUCUACAAAGACAAAGCAGACCCCGUUGCGCUUCAGGACAAGGAAUAUCCACCUUGGCUCUUCAAGCUUCUCGAUGACCCUUCUAUCGCCUCUUCUUCAUCUCUUGCCUCCAUUGAGAUGGCUGGUAUGUCAAAAGGCGAAGCACGUGCCACUCAGAAGCGACAGUCCAAGAUCCUGCGUGCCGCACAGCUAGCUAAGGAGAAAGCUGCAGCUAAAGCUGCCGAACGAGCCACUCGGAACGCCUGGAUGGAAACCACAAAGGGCGCCGCUGCCGCGAAGAAGGCCGAAUGGACACCGGAAGAGAAACGUGCUAACCAAAUGGAGAAAGCGAUCCAGGUGGAGCAAGGGAGAAGAAAGUCUCUGAGGAAGGCAAACAAGGAAGCGAUCAAGGCCCGUAACUUUGUCAGCGCUUCGUAA